AUGGACAGAAAGCAGAUGAUAGCGCAGCACAAUGCUAUCAAAUCCCAACUCCAAACCCUCACCAACGCAGUAGAUGCCUACUCCACUAUGUUCGAGAAGAACUCCUCAUCAGACGACCUCGCGGCUGUCGGCGAAAUCUCGCAGUGCCAAGUCACGAUGGCCGAGAGCGUGAAGCAGAUGCAAAGCGCUAUCUAUGGACCGUUGAAUAUGGUUAUGUUGCAUUAUGAAGAGUGCCUCCGUUCAAGCUCUCUCAGAACAUUGCUUGAGAUGGGUGUUUUUGAUAGCUUGCCGGUUGAUGGUAGUGAGAUGUCGGCAGAGGAACUGGCUAAGAAGCUAGGCGUUGACGAAGCUCUUCUCGUUCGUCUGAUGCGCGUAGUCAUACCUACAUUCUUCGAGGAACCACGCCCGGAAGUGUACACUCACACGCCGAACUCUCUGGUCUACUUGGAGCCUCCCCUGCGGGCCAACUUUAAAAUGAUGUACGACGAGAUUUGCGUUGCAAGCACGAAAAUGUCCGAAUUCUUUAAGAAAAAUGGAUAUCUCAACCCCAUCUCCCGAAGUAACAAUCCUUACACCUACGCCCACGAUACUCACGGCCUAUCCAUGUUCGAGUUCCUCCUUCAGGACCCAGUCCGCUUCAAGAACUUCAAUGAGGCGAUGCAAGCUCGUUCUUCCCAAACAUCCCUUCCCUAUGACUUGUUCCCUUUCAAAAACAAAUUGGGCGAGAUGGAGACUACGGAUGAGACUGUUCUGCUGGUAGAUGUCGGCAGCGGCAUAGGCCAGGCUACGCUUGCCAUUCGGGAGGCUUGUCGAGAGUCAAGGGGGAAAAUGGUGAUGCAGGAUCAGAGGGAGGUUAUUGAGGGGAUCGCAGGUCCGUUGCCCACUGGUGUGAUGGGGAUGGCGCAUAAUUUCUUCAAGCCGCAACCGGUCAAAGGCGCUCUCUUCUAUUACAUUCACCGCUGCCUGCACGAUUGGCCGGACUCCGAUUGUCUCGUAAUUCUGCAACAUCUCGCCGCCGCGAUGACACCCGGCGUCUCGCGCCUUCUGAUCUCUGAAAUCGUGAUGCCUCGCGGACCGGUUGAUAUCCAGACGGCGUGGUCGGAUAUUAAUAUGCUGACUUUUAGCGGGAUGGAGCGGAGUGAGAAGCAGUGGAGAGACUUGCUAGAUAGUGCGGGGUUGAGUAUUGCGUUUGUGCAUGGCGACGGUGGAGGAUGCUGGUUUAGGGUGUUGGAGGUUGUGCAUAAGUGA